CGGGUGGUCAGGAACAAAGUGACCCCUGUGUCAAGUCCAACUAAGGCAUCUUACACAAGCCUGUCUGAAAGUCGGAAGAAGGAUGACAAGUCUGAGGUCACCCCAAGAGCUAAUGGAUCUGUGCCUACAGAGAGCAAGGAAUCAAAGCAGCCAGCAGAGGAAGACUGUGAUGGACAAGACACCGACACAGGAGCGUCUUCAGACAACCACCUUCAGCGAGUCGUACCCGACCAGCAUGCGUGACAGCUACUACGACACAGAACCAGCCAAGCCUAUUGUGAUCAGAACUAAAGACUUAGACCCUGACCCCAAGGGCAGCACAAACUUAAACCCUCCCACCCCAAACAUCAAACUGUUAACGGCAUUGGAACAGGGAUGGGAUUAA